AUGGCCACGAAUAGCGCGGCUGCUGAGGCGGAGGCGCGCCGCUCGCAGGUGGCUGGUGGCAUCAUCUCUGCCCAGGCAGAGGUGAUUCGUCAGGAAGAGGCGAUUCGGCAGCUCACACUGGACAACGAGAAGCUCAAGAAGGAGAUAGCAGCUGUGAGCGGAGUGCCGUACGACUACAUCAAGGCCGACAAAUAUGCGACCCUGAAGGGCGAGGUGGAUGCGCUGGAGCGACGUUACCAGUUUGAAAAGAUGAAGAAAAAUGAGUUGACGCGACAGUACCAGCUGGCCAGAAUUGAUCUCCUACAGAGCCGUCGAUUGAAGGGUGGCGUGAACGCCGAAAGGGAAAAUGCCGAGGCGCUACAGCGUCAGGUGGACAUCCUAGAGAAUCGUCUGGAUCAGGCACUGACGAGAUUCAACGAUGCCAUUUCGUACAACAAGGAGCUUCGUGACCACAUUGACAUCAUUCGCGAGGAGCGCCGUGUGUUUCAGCGUGUGUACAAGCGGAUGGAGGACGACCUGGGGUCCAAGAAGAAGCUUAUGUCAGAGCGCAUUGAGCAGUCUAAUAAGGACCUGGACGAGCGCGACGGAUACUUGCACCAGGUGGAGCAGCUGCAGGAGGCGAUAAAGGAGGAGAAGCAGGAGUACGAUGGGAAGGUGCAGGAGUUGGAUGCGGCAAUGGCGGAGAUCAGGGAUAUGCGGGAGGAACAGCAACAGCUGCAAAUUGAGCUUGAGGCGCGCCAGUACGAAAUGGACGACACUGACAAAAUGACCCUUGCCAUCACCACGGGGUUUGGAAAUACGGGCACUACGCGACGCCAGCCACUCGAUGACAAGACUGACACCAUGGAGGACUUGGCUGAGGGCGGUGACUCAGAAGCUGGUGCGGAGGAUGGACAGGACCUCAACGACGUUCUGCGGCGGCUCUCUGAGUUCUCACGUAAUGGCGACAUACAGUCAUUGGCGAGGGAGUAUGAGUCACUUGGAGACACAAAUUUCUCUCUUUACAAGUACGUCAAUGAGCUCACCACCAGCAGGGCGGAAAUGGAGCGUGAUAUUCGCACGCUAAAGUCUGUUAUCGCGGCGGAGCACGAAAGUGAGGCGAAGCAGAGGAACCUCAUCAAGGGGCUUGAGGAGCGUCUUGCGCAGACAGAGGAAUUGCUAGAGAACCUCCAAGUCUCCACAGAGAAGCACAAGGAAGUCCUUGCAAACAUUCGUGUUGUCACAGGAGAGAUUUUUCGCGAGUUGGGUUGCUCAAUGGGUGACACCUCCAAAUCCCUUCUCGUUAACGACCACUGCACGGAGUCGAACCAUUUGCAGUUUCUCGGGAAGAUUGAAGAACGCGCGACAAAUAUCAUGUACACAUUUCAGAGGCACCGGCGCAAGAAGGCCAGAUUGGCCGAGCUAGCGACAGAAGAAAAGACAAGGCGCAUUCUCUCCCCGAAGGAGAGGGCACUCACACUCGCACUCGCACCCGCCAUCUACCCCACGGAGAAGGAUGGGUUGGAGGUUGCCCAGGCGGAGAUUGCGCGGCCAUCCGAGGAAAGUAUGGUGGACACCUCCGCCGACGAAAUAUUGAUGCAGGCAGAAGGGGCAACUGCACGCGACGUGGCGAGGGAGGAAGAAGUGGCAGUGGAGCUGAUGAUAGACGAGGAGGGGCCGCCAUUUAUCCCCAUGCUGAAUAUACCAGAGGAACAGAGCGUCAACGCGGUGCGACUGGUCCGUCACUUAUGCCUGCCGAGCGCCCAUCUCGGCGGUGACGAGGGCGUUGAGGCGCUGGAGGAGGGGGAGGGGGAUCGCGUUGUAUCGCACGAGGAGGUACGGCGACAGAUGGAGCGUCGGCUUCACUCGAAGCGGGAGCGCGAGGAGCGCGCGCAUCGCAGGCGGCAUGAACUGAAGGAGCAGCUGGCUGGCCAAACUGCCGCCCUACGGAAAAGGUAA